GGAUCCUCUCAGCUUCACAGCCAGUCUCAUCGCAGUUCUCCAGGCUACCAAUGUCGUCCUGUCAAUAUGCUACAGCUACGCAUCGACUACUAAACCGUGGGGCUUAUGCGACGAAGUGAGAAAUCUAGGCGGAGUUCUGGAACGGCUGUUGUCACUCGCUCGACAAGACGAGCUGCCAUCCCUGAGGGUACUAUGCCAACCCGGUGGGCCACUGGAGAAAACGCGCGAGUUCCUUGAAGAGCUGGAAUGCCGGCUAGCUCCGGGUGAUUCUUCGAGACGGAGGGCUUUUGCCAGUGCCUUGAGCUGGCCACUGAGGGAGGCGGAGACUAGAAGGGCUAUGGAGGAUAUUGGGAGAUUAAAGAGCACGCUUAGUUUGGCUUUGGAUGCUGAUCAGACGAGCCUUAUCUUGGCUAUCAAAGAGACGGCUUCAGUUAGUCGCGAGGCAAUUCUAGAUACUCGGGAUGACAUUGGGUGUAUCCGACAGAUCUCUCAGCGCGCUGAACUUGAUACCCAACGUGCAAAGGUGAAGGCAUGGUUAUCUGCACCUGAUCCAUCAACAAACCACAAUGCCGCCCACCGGAAAAGACAAAAAGGAACCGGGGAAUGGUUUCUACAAAGUAAAGAGUUCAUGAGGUGGAGGGCGGAUCCAUCCUCAACGCUCUGGCUUCAUGGAAUCGCUGGGUGCGGGAAAACCGUUCUGAGCUCGCUCAUCAUAGACUCCAUGCUGGAGCUUUACAGGGGGAGCUCAAAGACUGCCACUGUUUAUUUCUAUUUUGAUUUCCAGGAUAUCGGGAAGCGGUCUCCCGAAGCAAUGUUGCGGUCGCUUGUGCAUCAACUGCUGGCAGCGAUUGACUACAUUCCCUCGAAAGUAGAGGUAUUAUUCGCAUCGAAGAAUGGACAGCAGCCUACUACGACCGAUUUGCUUGAGGUAUUUAAGGAAUGCAUCUUAUCAUUUGAAGAGGUGUUUAUUAUCGUGGAUGCGAUCGACGAGUGUGCAGAACGGCAUCUGCAAUGGGAUAUAAUCCAACAGAUUACGGAAUGGCGCCUUCAACAACAGCACUUACUCUUAACAGGGCGCGGGGAACUGGAAGCCGACAGGCGAUUUCAAAGCUUACCUCGCAGCGUCAAGGUUCCUAUUCAAAGCGCUCAGGUGGACGAGGAUAUACGGCUAUAUAUCAGAGAACAACUUCUCACGGAUCGCAAACUAAAACGGUGGAAUAAUCGUGCAGACAUAAAAGAAGAGAUCAUGGAAGAACUGGUAAACAAAGCCCAUGGGAUGUUCCGAUGGGCUGCCUGUCAGCUGGAUGCGCUUGGAAACUGUCUAAGCCCCUCUAUGCUGCGUAAAAGGCUGGAUUCUCUUCCUGCAACGAUGGACGACAUGUACACGCAGGCAAUCACAGAGAUUGAUGAAGAGCACGCCGAUCUAGUGGUCAAGGUGCUAAAGUGGCUUACCUAUUCCGCCCGACCAUUGUGCGUGGCCGAACUAGCUGAAAUUGCAACCAUUGACGACAAAUCAGGUCAGUUCAAUCAUGACCAAAGGCUUGUAGAUCCGCUGGAUAUACUCAACAUAUGCCCGUCUAUCUUUGUGGCCACGGCGCCGGAUGGGCCCCGGCAUCAAUCAUUGAAUGAUCGCAAGACACAGCAGAAAGUACGACUUGCCCACCUCUCCGUCAAGGAGUUCCUUGUAUCAGACCGCAUUAAAACUGGGCCGGCAAAGCAUUGCGCGCUGUCCGCGCGCGACGCGCACGCCGUUACUGCCAGAGAUUGUCUAGCCUAUCUGCUCCAAUUUAGGUGUCCGUACACCAGCAUACCUGAUACAGUGAAGUCCUCGCCGUUGCUUAGUUACGCGACAAACUACUGGCCCAUGCACGUGAAGCUUUCCGGUCAGGACACACGAGAUGCUUACUAUCCAUUAGUACUCGAGCUAUUUAACUUGAAGACGGCUUAUCUUAACUGGGCGUCCUUCUUAGAUGGAUAUACACCGUUUGACGAUGUGGCUACCGAGGACAGCUUUAACCAACCUCCAUCGCCUCUUUACUAUGCCGCGUCGUUUGGACUGUCUACCGUUGUGAAAGAGCUAAUCAAUACUGGUAGACCUGUGAAUGGAUCCAACGGACCAGCCGGAUCUCCGCUGGCGGUAGCAGCCCUGUCAGGACAUACGGAAACCGUUCAGACGCUGAUAGAUAAUGGGGCAAUUGUUAAUUCGGUUGGGCCUUUGGGAUCUCCACUACAUGUGGCUGCAAGUGAAGGCCAUGUUGGAAUCGUUGAAGCUCUUCUCCACGCAGGAGCAGAUCCCAACAUUCAAGAUGACUUCGGUGCAACGGCGCUUGGAAUAGCGAGGAAGCAUAUGCGUCAAGACAUUGUUCAACUACUCUCAUCAGCAUGAUUCAUUUUGUAUUACGAUAUUAGGCUUUAUGCAACAGAUAAAGCGUCAUCUUUAUCUGCUAUGCUUCACUGGAUAGUUCUAAGACGUAUUAUCUUGCUGCGGCUGAUACCCUUGGCGCUUCUGUAUGUGGAUUGAGAGCCACGUAAUGAGUUGUUACGUCCACCGUAGAACUUGCGUAGACAGGCAAUAAUGUGCUGUAAAC